AUGCCAAACAUCAGAGCUGCCGCCGCUUCCACCGGUGGCUUCUCCCUGCUAACCCGCGACACACUUCUUGGGAGGGUUUGCGUGCGUUUGCGGGCAGGCAGUAGGUACAUGUGUCAACGGAAAAUCCUGGAGAUGAAGUUUAGACAUUUAGAAGGCAGGAGGGGAGUGCUCAGGGAUAGAGAGGAAGUUGGGUAACGCAGAGUAUAGUGUUGGGGACAUUAUCGCGGAUUAUUUAGAGGUAGUCGAGAGAGGGAACGAUAAGGUAUGAUACCCGUUCACAACGUCCCUUGAUGAUUGCUGGACGCGACGCAUGGUUUAGCCCACGUGCAGGUGAUUAUCAGACGCGGUGACCCGCCUCUCGUCCGAGGAGAUCGGAGCAAUGGCAGGUUGUUCCUGCUGGCGGUUACCAAGGACGAGAAGUUUGCCAAUUUUUACAUGAAGAGUAUAUCCUUUGAUUCCACGGCUCAAGGGGAUAAGACCGAGAAGGUUCCCGAGUGGCGGUACUUUGCCCAUACGGUGUGCGUCAGGAUACUUAUGAGGUCGGGAAUUGAGGCCGUUGAGGGGAGGAAGUAG